AUGGCCAGCUUCAGCACGAAAGUUCGUACCGUUGGAAUGACUCGUGAGCGCAUCUCAGAUGACCACUGGGAGCUCAUCGGGACCGAGGAAGAAGCAGCAGGCCACGACCGCGAGUCGUACAAACACAGUCUGCAACUCAAAUCCGUGUUCCACAGCCAACAUGCCUCCGUCCCCCACUCCGACGGCGGUCUAGUCCUUCUCUUCCGGUUGAGAGGGUUCUUGAGGUCGCCGCAGAAGGUGUGUGAAGUCGGGCUGGACGAGCCGCUGGUGGAGCAGGGGGGAUAG